AUGGAUUCUGAUGAAUACGACGACGAUCUUGCAGACGAGGAUUUGGUGGAAGCACUUAGUCAGAGUCAGGCUGGCCCAUCGAGCUCCUCAGCCUUUAAUCUGCAGACUGCGCCCUCUGCCAGGUCGUCGGCAUUUACCCAUGCCCUGGAGCCAUCUUUCAACAGAGGCAACGCGGGGCGUCAACUCCCAGCAACCAAUGCAUUUCAGAAGUCAGCAUCGACUCGACCUCUGGCAAACGAAUUGGAUGACUUGCCCUCAGAUGCAUUUUCCUCCUCGCCGGAACCUCUGUCGGCCGCACCACCCACCAGGAAUGCAGCAACUGCGGCGCCCAGGGCUCAGAAUGGAUUGACUCGCACAUCAUCGUCAAGUUUCAGACAGACCACCUUGCUGGGUGGUAGGGUCGCAGACGACGCCCCUAUCCAACCUUCUCAGCCAGGAUUCGGCCGGGUCUACAGGGGAGAUAAGCCUGAAGAAGCCCCUUCUCAGCAUGCUAUCGAUCGUGAAGAGAUGAAGACCUGGCUGUAUCCAACCAACCUCGGAGCCACCAGAGACUAUCAGUUCAGUAUCGUCAAAAACGGCCUGUUCAACAACACACUUGUCGCCUUACCCACUGGUCUUGGCAAGACAUUCAUUGCUGCAACCAUCAUGCUCAACUACUACCGUUGGACCAAGGACGCCAAGAUUGUGUUCGUUGCGCCUACUAAACCCCUGGUGGCCCAGCAGGUCGACGCUUGCUUCAACAUUGUGGGCAUACCUCGAUCUGAGACAACGCUCCUUACAGGCGACACCGCACCGGCCCUCAGAGUAAACGAGUGGUCGUCCAAACGAGUGUUCUUCAUGACACCGCAGACGCUGCAGAACGACAUCUCUCACGGCUAUGCCGACCCGAAAUCCAUCGUUCUGUUGGUGAUAGACGAAGCCCAUCGCGCCACGGGCGAGUACGCGUAUGCCAAGGUCGUCAAGAGAAUACGCCAAUACAACUCCUAUUUCCGGUUAUUGGCGUUAACCGCGACGCCCGGCUCAAAGAUUGAGACGGUGCAAGAAAUCAUUGACAACCUCGGGAUAUCACACAUUGAAAUUCGAACCGAGGAUUCCAUUGACAUCCGUCAAUAUGUGCAUCAAAGAAACGUUGAGCAAGUUGUCCUCGAUCCCUCUGACGAAAUGUGCGAGAUCAAGGAUCUGUUCUCGAAGGCCCUGAAGCCGCUGAUGGACAAGCUCACCCAGCAAAACAUCUAUUUCGGCAGGGAUCCGAUGGCAAUAACAACAUACGGUUUGGUGAAGCAACAGCAGGAAUGGUUCGCUACCGUCGGACGCAAAACCAAUCCCGGAAUGCAAUUCAUGAUGAGGGCUAUUUUCAGCAUAUUGCAGAGUCUUGCCCACGCAAUCAAGCUGCUCAACUUUCACGGAAUCAGACCCUUCUACGAGAACCUGAAGGAGUUCAGAGGCGGAGUUGAAGACAUGGGAGAGAAGGGGUCCAAAUACAAGAAGCAGAUAGUUAACGACCAAAGCUUCCAGGAGAUGAUGACGAGGGUAGAGAAGUGGCUUCGCACCGAGGGCUUCGUCGGCCAUCCGAAGCUUGCCGCUUUGCAGGACACCGUCCUCAACCACUUCAUGGACGCCGGUGCGACGUCCACCCGCAUCAUAGUGUUCAGCGAAUACAGGGACAGUGCCGAGGAUAUUGUCCGGGUUCUGAACGUGCACAAACCACUGAUCAAGGCCACUGUUUUCGUCGGCCAAGCGGACUCGAAGCGGUCCGCAGGCAUGAAGCAGAGCGAACAGAUUGCAACGAUUCAGAAGUUUAAGGACGGCGAAUACAAUGUACUGGUCGCGACCUCCAUCGGCGAAGAGGGCUUGGACAUUGGACAAGUCGAUCUCAUUGUGUGCUACGAUGCUUCUUCCUCGCCCAUCAGGAUGCUUCAACGGAUGGGCAGAACGGGACGAAAGAGGGCAGGCAACAUCGUACUCUUGCUCAUGCGGGGCAAAGAGGAGGACGCCUUUGCCAGGUCGAAGGACAACUACGCAGAGAUGCAGAAGCUGAUCUGCGAAGGGAGCAAGUUCAACUUCCGCCACGAUCUUUCGGCUCGGAUUGUGCCUAGGGAUAUUCGGCCCGAGGUGAACCUGCAGCACAUCGAGAUCCCCAUUGAAAACACGCAAAACCCGUCACUUCCCGAGCCCAAGAAAGGGAGGGCGAGGAAGAAGUUGCCCCCAAAGAAGUUCCACCUGCCAGACGGCGUUAGUUUGGGCUUCGUCAAGGCAUCAGAUAUGGGCAAGGCUAGUGCAGCCCCCAAAAGAGGUCGCCCUCAGAAAAAGCAAGAGCCGACAGAGGCGGACUUCGUCGCUGACGUGCCCUCGGUUAACUCGGUCGUCCUCACAGAAACACAGUUGGCUGAGUUGGACAGGGUGUACCGGUCUCUGCCUGCCAGCUGGUCCAAAAUCGAAGAGACGGAGAUGCCAAGUUUGACUGCCUGUCCCGAGCUCCAACGACGCCUUCGACCAGUAGGCAAGGUUCAACACGGCCAACGAACGAAAAGGUUCGUCAAAUUAUGCCAGAAGCUUGCCAAGAGCCAAGACACAAGAAGUCGCUACAUACAACCGUUUGGGGAAGAGGACACCAGCCGGUGGGAAGAGGUUGCGGUCCCAGAUUAUGCCAGCGAUACGGAAGACGGGGCGCUUCCGGGCAACGGUGCCAGGAGGCAGUCGAAAACGGUGGUGUCUGAGGAUGAGCCCAUCGAGGAGUCAAGGCCAAAGAAACGCAAAUCCAACAGUGCACCCAAGCGCUCAGCAUUCACAUCUGCUACAGCGCUAGUGGACGACGACAUGGACAAGACCGCGGAUGAAGAAACGCCGCCGCGACGGCUUCCGAAGCCGAAGAAGGCUGCUACGGGACGAGGACGCGGCAAGAAGGCCUCGAGGCGAGUGGGCCGUGGCAUCAACAGCGAUGAGCUCGGCGACGACUGCGACAGAGGCAGCGAUGUGAUGGAAACGGACGGGUCAGACAGCGGGGGUGACUUGCUCGAUUUCGUCGUCUCGGACGAACACCCCGUGUCCAGCAACCACCCGUCAUCUUCGGCGUUGCCCACGAGCCAAGCCACGGCCACGGGCUCAACGCAGCGCAACGAUGCCGCCCAGCCUUUUUACGUGCCGACCGAGUUCCCGGCGACACAGGAGUCGGCAGACUCGCUUCCGGAUCUCGCGGAUGUGCUUCUCAGUAACAAGGCAAAGAGGUCGCGGACAGCAGCGUCGAUGGACGAGUCUGAGGACGGAGACGCUACUCCGCGACAACAGGCAGGCGGACGGCAGCAGAGAAGGCGAGCAGUGUUUGAGAGCGACAGCGACGAAUAA